CGCGCGCACCUCUCCGCAGCGGACCUAGCGCGGCUCGCGCGCCGGAAAACUUGAACAUAUGUGCAUCGCAAAGAAACAUGUGAGAGCGAGACAGCCUGCUUUGGACGUGUUGUAGUGCGAUGCCUUGGAAUUACAUGGCGCUGAAACGGCGCCAGAUACCACGUUUUUACACGCUGUAAGUCACCGAACGAACGCCUUGGGAGGUCCAUCGCGGAGGAGUGCGAGUGGUGGCAAGAGAACACCUGCAGCAAGAAGCACAGGGUUUCAAGGGCCAGCAGCUGGGAGCUCGGCGAGCUCGGCGCUCCGCUCCGCUCUCCGCGCAUCAGCAGCGAUGACGCCGGGACCGCGCGCACGGGCUCUGCUGGGACUCGCAGUGCUGCUGUGGAGCGCCGGAGCGUGCAGGGCGAGCGCGCCUCCCGCCGAGCAGAGGGACGACAAGAGCCUCUUCGAGCGCAUCCUGGACAUCGUGAAACGGGCCAAGGAGCGGCAGGGGGAGGGCGGCGAGAGCUUCGGUGCCGCGAAGCCGGAGCAGAGCGCCGAGGGCAGGGAGCCGCAGGACUACAAGUCCUACAACGAGGAGGAGCACGUUGUCGAGAUCUUUCCAAGAGAUCUGAGAAAGAAGGAAAAGUUUUUAAAGCAUUUGACAGGACCUCUGUACUUUAGUCCAAAGUGCAGAAAACACGUUUACAGGUUAUAUCACAAUACGAGAGACUGCACGAUACCAGCCUACUACAAAAGAUGUGCCCGACUUCUCACAAGGUUAGCUGGGAGCGCAAGGUGCACGGAGGGCUGAUGCGUGCAGAUUUCAACAAAACCAGACAAGUCUCAAGAACCAGGAGAAAGUGCCUUUGAGACCAAAAGAGACGCAAGCAAUCAGUAAUCUGUGUGUCACUGAGAAGAGAUUUCAUUUUUACCAAAUAACUCAUGACCACCUUGCAUCAUGACAAUAGUAGCUUGCUACUAAAACUGAUGGUACAAAUUUAAAAUGUACAGCAGCAACUAAGAGGUUCUUGUCCUGCUGCCAACUAAAUUUUUUUUUUGUGCAAAAAAGGGAUUUUUUUUUUUUUUAAACAUUCAUGUUUAUCUGUCUCUGAUAUGCCUUUCUGGGUUGCAUUUUUGAAAAUGGUUGUGCAAAUACAAGAAAAGAU